CUGUUUGCGCAAGCUUCAAGCCUGAAGCCUCCACCAGCUGGAGACAUGUCGCUGCAGAAGUUGACAGCGCUUCGUGCGCUGAUGGCGAGCCAGCCUACAGCUGUUGCAGCCUAUAUAGUACCCACAGCAGACGCGCAUAAUUCGGAGUACAUAGCGCCGGUGGACGCACGUCGCGAAUGGCUGUCAGGGUUCACUGGAUCAGCGGGAACAGCGCUGGUGACCCAAGCCAGGGCGUUGGUGUGGACUGACGGCCGAUACUACACCCAGUUCGAGAAGGAGGUGGACCUGGGGCUUUGGACGCUGAUGAAGCAAACUCUACUUGACACCCCGACCUUGGAGAAAUGGUUGACUUCAAACAUGGAACCUGGUGCGGUUAUCGGCGUUGAUCCCUACACCAUGAGUCGACAGGAAUGGGCACCUCUUGAGAUCGCGUUGGAAAAAGCCAAAAUGCAGCUAAUACCAAUUGCCAAUAACCUGGUGGAUUUGGCCAGGGUUCAGCUGAAGGACCCGGCUCCAGAGAGGCCUCACAACGAUAUUAUAUACCUUCCUGUCAACUAUACAGGCAAGACAGCUGGUGAAAAAAUAUCAGAUUUGAGAACGAAGAUGUCUGAGAAGAAAGCUUCUGCCCUCGUCAUCACAGCCUUAGAUGAAGUGGCGUAUGUCCUCAACAUUCGCGGUAGUGACAUCCCAUACAACCCAGUGUUCUUUUCGUAUCUGGUGAUCACCGCACAGGACGUGAUCCUAUUCUGGCACGAUGGCCACAUCGGCGAUGAGGUGGUGAAGAGCUUGAGCAGUGAGGGCGUGCGGAUUGAGGGUAUCGCUUACGACCUGAUCGUGCAGAAGUUGAAAAGUAUGGCGAAGCAACUUUCGGAGAGCGGGGACUGUGAACAUCGCAUAUGGUUGUCAAGCGUAGCAAGUGAAGCGAUACACAGGGCUGCCUCUGGAGAAGGUGUAGUGAAGGAGCCACUCAACUUGAUGUCAGAAAUAUCUCCGGUUGCUCUUAUGAAACUGGUCAAAAACCAAGUGGAGUUAGAGGGUUUCCGCAACUGUCACGUAAGAGACGGUACAGCCGUGGUGAGAUUCUUCAAGUGGCUCCACGAUCAGGUGGAUUCUGGUAUCGAAAUCACAGAACUGCAAGCUGCAGCGAAACUCGAAGAUUUUAGAAAGGAUGAGAAGGACUUUAUGGGUCCUUCGUUCGAGACGAUUCCCGGUGCUGGAGAAAACGGUGCCAUCAUUCACUACAGCCCGUCUCCUGUGGGACCACAACGAGUCAUCAGGAAGGACGAUAUGUUCCUGUUGGACUCGGGAGGUCAAUUCAGGGACGGCACCACAGAUAUAACGCGCACAAGACACAUGGGUUGUCCUACAAGGGCGCAGAUUGAUGCCUUCACUCGCGUCCUAAAGGGACAGAUUUGUCUCGGCUCUGCGCUCUUCCCUAAGGGUAUUAAGGGUAAUGUUCUGGAUGUGCUAGCGCGUAAAGCUCUCUGGGAUGUGGGCUUGGAUUACGCCCACGGAACAGGCCACGGUGUGGGACACUUCCUGAACGUCCACGAAGGUCCAUCCGGAGUGUCGUUCAGACCAUACCCUCACGACCCUGGCCUAAACAUUGGCCAUAUACUAAGCAAUGAACCCGGUUAUUACAAAGUUGGUGAGUUUGGGAUUCGCCAUGAAGACCUCGUGGAGAUUAUUGAAGUGAAUAAUAACACUCAACAUCCUAAGGCUUCAGGUCUACAAGGAGACUAUGAGGGGAGAGGAGUUCUGGGACUCAGAACUCUAACGAUGGUCCCACAUCAAGCUAAGUGUAUUGACCUAAGUCUGCUCGACGAUUUUGAGUUGAUGUAUAUAAACGCGUAUCAUGAUAAAGUGUUUAGAACUGUUGGACCAAUUCUACAACAGCGCGGCUUCGACGAAGACUUGCAGUGGCUCCAAAAUGAAUGCCGGCCCAUUGAACGGAAAUAGAUGUACGUGUGUUGUGUUAUGACGUCAUUCUUCUUAAUUUCAGCUGCUACAGACUCAACUACAGAUGUAAGGCCAACAAGACAAGAUAAAUAAUGUAAACAAAGUUUCAGGGGUUCUAAACAUUUUCAUCGAUAUCUUUGAAUAUUGAGAUAAAUUGAUAUAUUGGUAUAAGGAGUAUAUUACGCUAAUUGAAAAUUAUUUUCUACUCAAGUUCGUUUUUUAAAUUAUUAUCUAUUUAUAACGUAUAUAUAACUCUAUACAUUUUCAACACACGAUAUUCAUUUAUUCCCUUUGAAAAUUAAAAAUAAUUACGAUGGGAAGACUACAACAGAUGCCUUUUUUUUGGAGAAGGAGGACAAACGAGCGUACGGGUCACCUGGUGUUAAGUGAUCACCGCGGCCCACAUUCUCUUGCAACACCAGAGGAAUCACAGGAGCGUUGCCGGCCUUUAAGGAAGGUGUCUACUCCAAAUGUCACGAAGGGCUGCUGAAAACCAGUGUUGUGUUGGUGUCUUCUGUACUGACCAACAAUGUACUGAGUCAGCUCCUUUUAGCACUGAAUUAUGCGCCACACAGUUUUUUAAAAUUUUAUAAUUUAUUUCAUUUAUUAUAUUAAGAUUGUAAUUAAUACAUGGGGCACGCUAAAAGUUUUGCACUUUUAGCUAAUCGGAACUAUUUGAAUUUCGAGUGUUAUAUUUUUUGUAACGUUGCAACCUUCUUAGUAAUAAUAAAAAACAAUUGGCGGGAAAUCAUUUGUCAACGGUUUUUUUAUCACAAGUUACGUUCACUUCGUACGCAAUGAAAAUGGAAUUAAGUCGAUAAGAUUUUAGAGCGAUGAUUUUUUAUGAUUUUAAAAGUUCUCUCUCUCCGUAAGACUGUGCCGCUCGUCUUCAAAAUGCUUUUGGGAUAGAAGCACUUUGUUUGAGCACCGUGAGGCGAUGGUUUGCUGAAUUUGAGAGAGGUCGGGUUUCUUUAUAUGCCAUCAGUUCCGUGGUCCUCCCGUUUUUAAAAUGGUUCUAUCGCUUUAAAAACUUUAAAAACUGUUUAAAAUGUUAAGGAGAGUAUUUUGAAAAAUGACAUACGUACUGUAAAUUGAAGGUGUAUGUUUUUUAUUGCUAAUAAAGUGUUUCUAUUGUAAUUCAAAUUCAAAUAUUUUUAUUCAAAAUAGGAUGUGACAUCACUUAUUGAAAGUCAAAAAAACCCAUUCCAAAAUGAAUGCCUCAGGCCUGAGAAGAAUGGGCGCAACAAACUCAGCGGGCUUUUUUUUUCAUCGAAAAAAUAUUGUACAAUUAAACUUAUUAUUUAAAAGCCUGAGGGCGGUCGCUCCAUUCCCAAUCUGUGGUAUCAUUAAGAAAGUCAUUUAUGUUAUAGUAACCUUUGCCACACAAACGUUUAUUUAACAAUUCUUUUGAAUAACGUAAUACUUUUGUUUUGAAUAUUUUCUGAGAUCUUGUUGUAAAAGCAUAUACAUCGCCCCACAAGAGAAAUUGUACAAAACAAAUGUGUUACGAAAUUAAAAAGAAUUGUUAAAAUACGUUUGUGUGGGAAAGGUUACUAUAGCAUAAACGAUUUUCUUAACGACACCACGGACUGGGAAUAAAGCGAACACCCUCAGGCUCUUUAAUUAUAAAUGUUUAUUGUACGAUAUCACAUUGUAAUCCAUAUUUUUAUAUAAAAUAAAAGAAGCCCGCUGAGUUUUUUGCGCCCAUUCUUCUCAGGUCUGAAGCAGGUUCUUUUGAAUGGGUGGUAGUGUUUGACGUUCAAUAAGUGAUUUUGAAUAAAAAUAUUUGAAUUUGAAUAUCUAUUCUAUUAAUCUCUUUAUUAUUGCAAAGAGGUACGUAUUAGAAUAAGCGAAUCGGCGCUCUAUGACCCGCGCGCGAUUGAUUGUAAUUCGGAUGAUUUUAGUGAAUGUACCUGAAAGCUAUUGUAACAAGCUACCAUGCAAAAAUAAACCAUCUUAUAAAUAAAAUAAGGUUCAGAACUUGGUGAGGGAAUACGGCCAUAUGGCACACUCGGUUUUGGCGUAUCACAAGUGGGAGGCUCCUUUGCACAGGAUGCCGGCUAGAGUAUGGGUACCACAACGGCUCCUAUUUCUGCCGUGAAGCACUAAUGUGUAAACUUUACUGUUUUUGGGUCUGAAGGGCGCUCUAGCUAGUGAAAUUACUGGACAAAUGAGACUUCACAUCUUAUGUCUCAAGGUGACGAGCGCAAGUGUAGUGCAACUCAGAAUUUUUUGGCUUUUCAAGAAUCCUGAGCGGCACUGCAUUGUAAUGGGCAGGGCGUAUCAUUUACCAUUAGCUGAACGUCCUGCUCGUCUCGUCCCGUAUUAUUAUUAUUAAAAACAAAAAAAAUCUCAAAUAUUUAGUACUGUCGAUUUGGGAAGGUUAGUGGCGUUGAACAUCUAUUUAUCUAUUUCUAUACUUUGUCCACCUACAUACAUACAGAAUUAAGGAUAUGAAUAGUAAAAAAGUACUAAUUUUAUAAUAAUUUCAUUUUUUUUUCAAAUUCUAUUUCAAAAUCACUUUAUUCACGUAGGUCACGGAAAUGACACUUAUGAAUGUCAAAAAAAUUUUUUUUUCGUAUUGAAUCUACUGCUACUUCGUAAAGGGUUGAGCUAAUGAGAAGAAGCUAGCAACUCCUACGUCUACUCUACUCCAGUCUCCUACGGAUCUCCUCAUUUCUGAUUCGACCAGGCAGGGAAAUUCCGAGAAUAUCCCCCUCUCGCAUUAUUCACUUCACAAUACCCUUCAAACGUGUACAAACUAUUUAAAAUUAUAUAUUUUUAAUUGUUACUAAUGAAUCUUCAAGUUACUUGUAACAGAGUAGUCUGUGGUCGUACCGAUUCAUUCCAUUGCAAAUCGGUACUCGUAUUUAGGUAAAACACGUACGUAUUGUUUACUCGUGUAACGCAUUGACUAUUUGACGUUUGAGUGUGUUUGUUGCACCACUUUACAUAUUAUAUUGCAAUUGAAAUGAUUUGUAAAACAAUGAAAAUGUAAAUCUUGAUUUAAAAGAGUGACCAUGAGUUUCUUGCUACUUCCUCUCAUUAGCUCAACCCUUUACGAAGUAGCGGUAGAUUCAAUAAGUAAAAAUAUAUUUUUAAGACAUUCAUAAGUGUCAUUUCCGCGACCUACAUGAAUGAAGCGAUUUUGUUUUUGAAAAAAAAUGAAAUAAUUAUCAAAUUAGUACUUUUUUUUAAUAUCCUUUAUUCUGUGUGUAUGUAGGAGGAAAAAGUAUAGAUUUCUAUACUUUUUCAUAUAUGACCAACGCCACUAACCUUUCCAAAUCGACAGUGUCCCAGGGCACUAAAUAUUUGAGAUACGCCAAAACCAAAUGUGCCGUAUGGCUGUAUUCCAUCACCAUGUAUGUACCACCCUUAUUUUAUUAAUCAUCAUGAUUUUGAUGAUAUUAAACUCAAAUGCAAAACCUUAAUUUGUUUCAGGUCACAGCUCACUUGAAGAAAUACAGACUAUACCAGCUAGAAGUGAGGACAUCUACAAAAACAUUGACUGAUUUUAAAUUUAUUAUAUAACCAUGUAAUUUCAAGAAUAAGUAUUUUUGCUCACUAUGUAUAUGAAUAUUGCCUUGUCACAUAUAAUGCGUACACGAAAAUAUUCGCGCCUGUAUUUCAAAUGAAGAAAUCAUUUUCCCGGUUAAUGGAAAUUUUAUUAUUAAACUUAUUUUUUUGG